UUUAAAAGAUUAAUUAUUGAAUGCGAACUCAAUCCCUAUUCUUAAUUUACCUCUCAGCACCAACUCAACUAUUCCCGUGGACAACGAGAUUUAUUUAUUUUCGUUCGUCCGUUUAUUUAAUUCAUCGAACAUAUUUGCUCUGAUUUUAUUCCCCAGCUCUGUUCUCGAUUUCUCUGUGUGCUUCGCGAUGGCUAAUGCAAACAUAGUUUGCUCCAUGUGCGGCGAUGUCGGGUUCGCCGAUAAGCUCUUCCUCUGCUCCCGCUGCAACCACCGAUUCCAGCACUCAUACUGCACCAACUACUACGAGGAGGCCACCUUUGCCGCCCCCGCCGUCUGCGACUGGUGCAUCAACGAAAGUAAGAGCACGAGUGAAUCAAAGCGUGGCUCCUCCAUCCUCUGUUCAAAGAAGCUGCUGACGGCCAGCAGAGGUCACUCUACCGGUAGCAGUGGCGAAGGCUCCGGCGACGACCGAAAGGUUAAGCAAGGCCGUUUCCGGGAGGAAACCCGCGGCCGCGUCAAGUCCGACGUCACCAGUACUGCUUCUUCCAAGCCCACAGGCCGCAGGUACAAGCUUCUCAAGGAUGUCCUAUGCUGAUCAUAUGAACAGAGCUUUGCUAAUUAGUACAUAUAUGUAUAGCAUAGUCUGCAGUGCGUGUGUAUAGCUAGUUGAUCAUCAUAAAAUGUUAAUUAAUUUGCUAUA